AUGAGUGAACCUGUUGGCGAAGACGAGUGGUUGGCGCUCGUAGAUGAGGCCAGCCGAAACGCGAGAGAUCUGGAGCAGCGCAUCGAAGUUGUCGAAUUAUACAAACGCGCAAUAUCUGCAGAGCCUUGGAGCAACACACUUUGGUUGGCGAGAUGCGACUGGGUCCUGUCAUUAUACACCGAUUGUCGGGAUCUAGAUGCCGGAUGGCCGGAAGAUGAACAGCAGCUCGGGCAGGAAUUGUUUUCCCUACAGACAGUACAGGACCUUUGGCAGGAAGGUGCUGCAGCUACGCAAUUUCGAUUGAACGACAGCCAUGAGCUAUGGAAUAGAUGGAUUACUAUCGAAUUGGAAGAGCUUGCGAGAUCACCCACGCGCGAUUACGUAGAGCGCGUCCGCAAAAUAUUCUUCGAUCGUUUGCAAACUCCACAUGCUAAAUGGGAUGAGACUUCGCAGAUGUUCUCGACAUUUAUUACGAAAUAUGACGAGCCUUCUUGGGAAUCUACAAUGGUGCAAGUUACACAGCUGGGUAGCCCCGCCAGAUAUUUGUAUGAGCAACGCGAAGAGCACGAGCUCAAGCUUCAGCAGGCUGUCGCAGGCGGUGAUAAAGAAGGUGCAGCAGCUAUAAUGAAAGAUUAUUUGGAAUGGGAGAGCCUCCAACCAUUGAAGAACCCUAAAAAGGGUUUGCCUCGCAGCCCCCAGAUUCUUACUGUUGCCCUCUACGAACGCGCGUUAGCAUCGACUAUUCUGGGCCGGGAUCCUGGCACCUGGGAAGAUUACAUUGCUUUCGUCCAACAAAGCUAUGCCGUAAAUCCAGAUGCGCAACUAGGCAAUCCUCUCUACAUCGCACAGCGCGCCACUGCACAUUGCCCUUGGUCAGGAAGUCUGUGGGCGCGAUACAUCCUUCUUGCAGAAACGCAGGAUCUGGACUUCUCUACGAUUGCAGACAUAAAGCAUGCCGCGACGAGUACUGGCGUAUUGGAUCGUGACGGGAAAAUGGACGAAGUGAUUGAGGUUUAUAUAGCUUGGUGCGGAUAUCUCAAACGGAGGACUUUGAACAAAAAUCCAGAAGAUGAAGCGUUUGAUAUGGCCGACAUUGGUCUCACUGGUUCGCUUGAGACCGUUCAGGACUGGGGUAGAAGGCUCCACAAAAGGGAGUAUACAGGGGAUCCUUCAUUUCGAAUCGAGAGGAUAUUGAUCCAAUAUCUCACUCAAAAAGGCUCAAUCGAAGAAGCUCGUGAAUCUUGGGAAGGCCUUGUGAAUACACAUCAGAAAAGCUACGCUUUCUGGCAACAGUAUUACGUUUGGGAAAUGACGGUGCGGAAUCCGAACACAUCUCCUGACUUACCCUCCAUGGUCUUGUCUCAAGCUAUACGUACGAAAGGCCUAGAUUGGCCGGAGGCGAUCAUGGAAAUGUACAUUGCACAUUGCAACAAUUACGAAGACGCACAUACCUUGUUAGCGGCUAAAGACUUGGUCCGUAGACAAUUCCAACUAGUGGUCAAACGCAGAGAAAAAUUUGCUGCCGAGCAAGCAGAAUUGUAUUCUCAACAACAGCCACAGAUUGUUGAGCCGGACUCAACAGUUGAUGAAUAUCCUGGACUUGUGAAGAGGAAGCGUGAACCGGCCCCCGAAAAUAUUGAUGGUAACACCCACAAGAAGCCAAAAAAUGAGCAACCGGGAGCUGAUUCAGAGGCCUUGCGGCAACAGCAUUUGAAAAGGGAUCGCGAGAACACGACCGUAAUGGUCACCAAUUUACCCCCCGAGGUCACCCAAACCAAAGUCAGACAGUAUUUCAAGGAAUAUGGUCACAUCAAUAGCUUGACGCUCAAGCCCGAAGCUGACAAGCUUUCCUCUACCUGUUUGAUUGAAUUUCGUUCCAAUGAUGAUGUCCAAUCGGCUUUUCUCCGUGAUGGGAAAUUCUUUGGCGAGAACCAAAUCAAAGUAGAGUCCGGGACUGGCUUGACUCUUUAUGUAACAAAUUAUCCACCUACGGCUGAUGAGAAUUACAUGCAUAACCUGUUCAAAUAUUGUGGUGAAAUAUAUAGUAUUCGAUGGCCAAGUCUCAAAUUCAACACGCAUCGUCGAUUUUGUUACAUUACCUUCCGCAAGGCCGAAGCUGCUUCGGCUGCUACCCAGCUUGAUGGAAAAUUGCUCGAGAACAAAUUUAAACUUGUGGCCAAAUAUUCCGACCCAGCUGGGAAAAAACAACGAGAAGGUGCCACCGCUGAGGGUCGAGAGCUCCAUAUAACCAGUCUCGAUUCAAGCCUGAAGGAAGAUGAUCUGAAGGAUGUUUUUGCGAAGUAUGGUCAAGUUGAAUCUGUCAGGAUUUUAAGAACAUUUAAGGGGGAGAGUAAGGGUGCAGGUUUUGUCGUUUUUGAGAACAAGGACGAAGCGACUGCAGCACUCGAAUUGGAUAAGACCAAGUUGAAAUCCUCGGUUCUCCAUGUCGAAUUGACGCAAUCGAGAAACUACAAGCCUAUCGCAACCAGUACAGAAAAGGGCACUUCAGCAUCUCCAAUCCCAGACGGUGAUGGAGAUUCUACAAUGUAUCCUGCUUCUGCUUCAGGCCAUUCUCAUAACAACCAACAUGCUUUACAUCAGCCAUCUAAACCAGAAAGUUCCAAUCGAACGAUCACCUUGCUCAAUGUUCCUGAUACGAUCAACGAUGCGAGAAUCCGUGCAAUUGCAGAGCCCUUUGGCAACGUCACAAAAGUAGUCCUCCGCCCAGAUCACCAGGGUGCAAUAAUCGAGUAUGAAGAUGUCGUCUCAGCGGGUAAAGCAUCUCUCGGACUCGAUAAUCACGAGAUAGCUCCAGGUCGCAAACUCAGAACAGGAGGCAUGAAAGAUCUUUUUGCACAUGCGAGUGAAAUCAAGUCAGAUCGCAUUGUGAUUGGGCAGAAUGGCAACGCCAAGAAGGAAACAGGCAAAGGGGGUUCGAGUACGGAUAUGGGUACGACUAAUUUCAUGCAGCCCAGUGCUCUAGUCCGAAGACCGGGUGCGAGGGGUGGGUUGGGACAAAAGAAAGGCUUAGGAUUUUCAGGGGCUAAAAAGACCGGGGAGGAUAAGGAUGCGGAUACUAAGGCCACGGCUCCAGAGAAUAAGCCCCUGAAAAGUAAUGCGGAUUUCAAGAAGAUGUUUUUGAGUGGGGGAAGGGAAUGA